GAAGGUGGGCCCUGUUGACUAAGGAAAAUUUUACCAGGCACCUGAGUUAAUUUAGGAACCAAACUAUCAACUCUUUCUCCUUUUUGUUUUUUUUAUUCUUUAUACCAAAGUAUCAUUUCCAUAUAGAACAUAUAAUACCUUAUAGGAAAGUUAGUCAGAUAGUUUAUUCACUAUUUUCUUUCUUUAGUUCAUAAUUUAUUUGUUCCAAUAAUCACUUUCGUUAUAUCGUCCUUGAAUUUUUAGUUUUUUUAUCUUUAAAUUCUAAUUUACAUUCGUUAAUAACUAAUAAAGUUCGAUCUUAUUCAUUCUUCAUCCAUUUAUCUUGAUCGUAUAGACUUAUAAAUCUUCAUUUAAUCUACCAUAAUGCAAUUCAAAUAUUUAGCCGUUGCCGCCGCUUUAGCUGCUUCUGUUUCAGCCAUUGGUGAUCUUGCCUUUAACUUAGGUGUUCAAGCAAAUGAUGGUAGUUGUAAAACUACUUCUGAUUAUGAAUCAGAUUUCUCUAAUAUUUCUCCUUAUGCAAAAAUUGUUAAAACUUAUGCAGUUUCUGAUUGUAAUACUUUACAAAAUCUUGGUCCUGCCGCUGAAUCUGCUGGUUUCCAAUUAAUGUUAGGUAUUUGGCCAACUGAUGAUGCUCAUUUCCAAGCUGAACAAGCUGCUUUAAAACAAUUCUUACCAACCAUUAGUAUUGAUACUGUUUAUGUUUUCUUAGUUGGUUCUGAAGCUUUAUAUAGAGGUGAUUUAACUGCUCAACAAUUAGCAGCUGAUAUUGAUACUAUUAAAACUUUAUUACAAGGUAUUAAUGAUAAAGAUGGUAAAUCUUAUGGUUCUGUUCCAGUUGGAACUGUUGAUUCUUGGAAUGUUUUAGUUGAUGCUUAUAAUGAACCUGCCAUUCAAGCUGCUGAUGUUGUUUACGCCAAUGCAUUCUCUUACUGGCAAGGACAAACUAAUCAAAAUGCUUCUUAUUCAUUCUUUGAUGAUAUUAUGCAAGCUUUACAAGUUAUUCAAACUACUAAAGGUUCUACCAACAUUGAAUUCUGGGUUGGUGAAACCGGAUGGCCAACUGAUGGUACUGCUUUCGAAGCUUCUCAACCAUCAAUUCAAAAUGCUGCUAACUACUGGCAAAAUGCCAUUUGUGCUAUGAGAGGUUGGGGUGUUAAUGUUGCAGUUUUCGAAUACGCUGAUGAAAUUUGGAAACCAAAUACUUCUGGUACUUCUGAUGUUGAACAACAUUGGGGUGUUUGGGAUUCUACUGGAACCUUAAAAUAUGAUUUAGCUUGUCAAUUCAGUUAAAUUGAUUUGAUUUUGGUUUAAUUCACCUUUUAAUACUCCCUGUUAUCGUUAUCGUUUAUUUCUUCUCCCCCAAUUAUUUCCGCUUGUUUUUCAAAAAAAUUUGUUUUGUUUAUAAUCAUAAUUAUACCCUCAAACUUAUACCUCUUAAAAUAGAAACCCUAUAUAUACUUAAAUAACAAAAAUAGAGAAGAACAAUUUUUUAUAUUAAUAG